AUGAUCAUAGUGAAGUUUGGUUCUGGGAAUUCUUCAUCAUCUCCCAUGGCGUUUCUGAACAUUCUGUUUGUGGGUCUCAUUGUCCUAGUUAGUGUUGCAGCUAACAUUAAUGCAUCAGAGAACAGUAAUGGUGGAAAUAAUCAAGUGGCAGCAGUUUUUGUGUUUGGGGAGUCUCUAGUUGACACAGGGAACAACAAUUACAUCCCCACCAUUGCCAAGAGCAACUUCCCUCCUUAUGGAGAGACUUCCUGGGAAUUGAAGCUUACAAACAGCUAG